AGAGAUUGCUAUUGAAAAGAUAAUCUCCAGAUGAGACUCAAGUGUCUUUAUAAUGCUCACAGGGCUGCAAAGGAGGAGAACCCCAAAGGUUUAAAUGUGUUCUAGGAGCAUAGCAUGUUUAGUGUGAGGAUGUUCGUGUUUCUAGAAUCUCAAGGAGGUGAUGUAAGUGUCUGUUGUCGUCAGGGGCAGGGCGUGCUCCUGCCAGCGGAACAGUUGCAGCAGUGUGUGUGAAAGUGGUGAGCUCUGUCUGCUGUGUCCUGUGUGCUGGGCCAGUGUGUGUGGCUCAACUCUUACUGAGCUGAGAGACCUAGGUUCGAGUUUGGUGGCUUUGAAUAUGUUCCUCAGACCUUUCUGAGCCUCAGUCUCUUCAUUUUUAAAUUAGGGAGCUGAGCUGGUUGAUUUUUAAGUUCUCUUCCAGCUGUGUCAUGCUAAGCAUCCAGUGUGAGCAUGGGGGCCUUUUGCUAUUGGUUUUACUGUUGAAUUUGGUUACUGGGUCUCUUUGUUCCUGUGGCUCAGCCAUUCUUUGUAGGUGACUCCUUAGCCAGCUUCUGACCUGAAUUGUUUCUCACUGAGGAGCUGGAAUUUGCCUUUUUGUAAAUUAUCUCUUACUCACUGAAAAUGCAGGAAGCUUGAGUGUGAAACUCACUCAUCAAACACACACACACACACACACACACACACAGAGCAAGAAACCACAGGGCCUAUCGGCCUGUCGUCAUCAAGCAGACUAGAAUAGUGCAGAAAACUCUGGGCAGAGAGGAAAUGAACUUGAGAGAAGGGGGAACACACGGCAGAGAGGAGAGAAGGAGGGCAGGAGGGGCAGGAGAGAGCUGCGGUGUGGGCCGCGAUGGUGAGAGGAUGGGAGAGGCGGCCGUGAAGCAGGGCUGCCUGUUCCUCCAGCAGCAACAGACCUUCGGAAAGAAGUGGCGCCGGUUCGGGGCUGUGCUGUAUGGAGGGUCGGGCUGCGCUUUGGCCCGGCUGGAGCUCCAGGAAGGCUCGGAGAAGCUACGCCGGGGAGAGGCCGCCCGGAGGGUGAUCCGCCUCAGUGACUGCCUGCGGGUGGCCGAGGCUGGUGGGGAGGCCAGCAGCCCCCGGGACACCAGCGCCUUCUUCCUGGAGACCAAGGAGCGCCUGUACCUGCUGGCAGCCCCUGCUGCAGAGCGUGGCGAAUGGAUGCAGGCCAUCUGCCUCCUGGCCUUCCCUGGCCAGAGGAAGGAGCUGUCGGGGCCAGAGGGGAAGGGCAGCCAGCCCUGCAUGGAGGAGAACGAAUUGUACAGCAGCGCGACCACAGUGGCCCCCCGCAAGGAGUUUGCUGUGACCAUGAGACCCACAGAAGCAAGCGAGAGGUGCCGGCUUCGGGGAUCCUAUACUCUCCGUGCUGGGGAGAGUGCCCUGGAGCUGUGGGGCGGCCCUGAGCCCGGCACCCAGCUGUAUGACUGGCCCUACAGAUUCCUGCGGCGCUUCGGGCGUGACAAAGUUACCUUUUCCUUUGAGGCAGGCCGGCGCUGCAGCUCAGGAGAGGGCAACUUUGAGUUCGAAACCCGGCAAGGCAAUGAGAUCUUCUUGGCCCUGGAAGAGGCCAUCUCUGCCCAGAAGAAUGCUGCCCCUCCUGGGCUCCAAACGCAGCCAACCACAGUCCCUAUGGUGCUGCCCCGACCGGAGAGCCCCUACUCCCGGCCCCAUGACUCACUGCCACCACCAUCGCCCACCGUCCCACUGCCAGCGCCCCAGCCGCGGGGCCCGGAGGGGGAAUACGCAGUGCCCUUCGAUGCAGUGGCCCGUAACCUGGGGAAGAGCUUGAGGGGCAUCCUGGCGGUUCCUCCCCAGCCCCCCGUUGACCCUCUGUACGACAGCAUUGAGGAGCACCCACCCCCGCAACCCGACCACAUAUAUGAUGAGCCUGAGGGAGUGGCUGCCCUGUCCCUGUAUGACAGCCCGAGGGAGCCCCGGGGUAAGGCCUGGAGGAGGCAGGCCCAAGCUGAUGGGGACCCCAGUGGCCUCAAGCAUGUCUACCCAGCGGGGCAGGACUUUUCUUCCUCUGGCUGGCCACAGGGAACCGAGUAUGACAAUGUCAUACUUAAGAAAGGCCCAAAGUGAUGGUGGGGGGGCACUGAAGAGAUGUGGACCUCAUCAAAUGCCACUGCAGAGGUGGUCCAGUACACACGGGGAGGGAGUUAAAGGCUGGUGAGAGGAGUGGGAGCGGGAAGGCAGGUCUCCCAUCUGGUUUCUGCUGGUGACCCCUCCUGCCGCUGCAUGCCACGAACCUCCCUUUGCCCCUUCUGGAACCCUAGGCUUGGUUUGCCCUCAUGUGGGGUCGAGGAACUGCCCCUCCCAAGCCUGCUGCAUGAGUCACCAUCCCAAAGCAGGAAGAGUGCCCCAGGAGACCCACCCUCCUCCUGCUCCUUUUCCACUUCCUCUUCUUUCUUUCCUCGGCCAAAAGGGAACCUUGGGCGUUGAGAGCCCAGGACAAAAGGAAGUCAGCAGAGCACCCUGGUUCCCUGGCUCCUGCAGGCCUCCUGCCCCAUGACGUCCCCUGAAGGGGACAGCCCUGGCUCCUGGCACCCAGGAGACGGGCUGCAGCUUUCUGCAGGUUUGGGACUUCUCUGUGGCAUUAAACAUUUCUGAAAUAU